GGCAACGCGGAUGUCUAGAGAUUAUACUAUACUGAAUUCGCCUCUUUCUCUAUGGUUUCCGAGAUUAUUACAAAUACCAACGAACUGAUUUACAGACAAAUAGGCUUUGAAAUAGCCUUCAUUUCAAAUUCUUUGGAGGAAAACCGGAACGUACAAUUGAUGCAUGCUUGUGUGAAGCAGCUAGUGAAGAUGUGUCUCUAUGGUAUCUUCAUUGCUACCCUGUUGACAAUCUCAAUUCCUGCUGUCCAUGGUGGGAAAGUCCUGGUGUUUCCUCAAGAGGGCAGCCACUGGGUCAACAUGAAGGUCAUUAUUGAAGCGCUGCAUUCAAGAGGUCACAGUGUGUCAGUAAUACGGCCAUCAGACAGCUGGUACAUCAAGGAAACCUCCCCUCACUACAGUUCAAUUACAAUUGAUAUUCCAGGUGGAGCUGAUGAGGAAUUCUUUAGCUCAUUUGUGUCAAGACAAAUACAGAUAAAGAGAGAGGGAAAGUCUGCUUGGACUCGUUUUAGUUUGGACAUGGAGUUGAAGGACAGAUUUUCUGAAAUGCACCGCAAAGUGUGUGAGAUGGUAAUCCAAAUGUUAGAGAAUAAACAGUUGAUGCAGUCUAUUAGAGAAACCAAGUAUGACUUGGUUCUGACAGACCCAGCAAAUGGGGGAGGCGUUGUGCUGGCGCACCAUUUAAAUGUGCCCCUUGUUUUCAAUGUUAGAUGGACAGUACAUGGUGAGGGUCAUUUUGCUAUUGCUCCCUCUCCGCUAUCUUAUGUUCCAUUUCCUGUUGCAGAGUUAACAGACAAGAUGAGUUUUUUUGAGCGAGUCCAUAACUUCCUUGUUUAUGUCAUCAGGCAGCAUCUGUACAGACAGACAGUGGGACCUCAUUAUUCCGCUUUGGUUAGUCGUUACUUUGGUCCUGGGGUCGACUACUUCUCAUUGUUUCAAGCUGCUGAUCUUUGGCUCAUGAGAGUUGACUUUGUGUUUGAAUUCCCUCGUCCCACCAUGCCUAAUGUUAUCUAUAUGGGAGGGUUCCAAUGUAAACCUGCCAAGCCUCUUCCCCAAGAACUGGAGGGGUUUGCUCAGAGUUCUGGGGAGCAUGGAGUCAUUAUCAUGUCUUUGGGGACUUUAGUUGGACAGCUUCCACAUGAUAUAGCUGAUGCGAUAGCUGAUGCUUUUGCCCAACUGCCUCAGAAGGUCAUCUGGAGGUACAAAGGAGACAGGCCAGCUACUCUGGGCAACAACACCUUACUAGUUGACUGGAUGCCUCAGAAUGAUCUGUUAGGACAUCCAAAGACAAGGCUGUUUGUAGCUCACGGAGGAACAAAUGGGAUUUUCGAGGCUAUCUACCACGGUGUUCCAAUAGUAGGCCUUCCUCUGGUGUUCGACCAACCUGACAAUCUUUCUAGAAUGAAAGUGAAGGGUGUAGCAAAGGUUGUGGAUUUAGCAACACUAGAUAGAAACAUAUUCUCCCAAGCCUUACAGGAAGUUCUGGAUGAGCCGUCCUACAGGAUGAACAUGCAGAGACUCUCCAGGCUACACAGGGACGUGCCAAUGGAGCCCCUGGACACUGCCCUCUUCUGGAUUGAGUUUGUCAUGAGACACAAGGGUGCUGCUCACCUGCGUACAGAGUCCUACAGAAUGCCCUGGUACUCCUACCACUCUGUGGAUGUAGUGUUGUUUUUACUGGCUGUUGUGCUACUUAUUCUGCUGACUACUUUUGCCAUCAUCAGGUGUUUAUGCUUCAGGAUGUGUUGUAGACGAAAAAUGAAACAUGAAUGAAAUGAUUUGAGAAGGCCAUUGUGUAUUGGCUUGAAUAGCAAAA